AUGGCGGACUUAGGCUUUCUCAACGAUCUGCUCACCUUAUCCCCCUUGCCACCUUCUUCCCCGCUGAGCGAACUGUCUGCGAUACCCACCGACCCGCUGGAACCCAUGGACGAGACAGUCAACAAGGACGCAGAUGAAAACCGCCGCGAACGUCUGUGUCUUCUUGGUGGAGAUGGCACCAUUGCGCGAGAUGAGCUUCGUCAUGAAGCCGCUGAGGGUCUCAAGGCUCCCGAGGCUCUCGAUAACGCGCCAGAGAGGAGGGACGUCGAGCCAGAGCAUGUGCACGACAACAACGCAAAGGCCGUCCUGGAAAAGCUCAAAUUACAUGGUCAGACAUGGGGUGACUUCGUGGAGUGGAUAUCGACACCCACCUCAGGAGCCGCUCAGCAGCGAUACGACGGCCUCUUCAGGCCCCGAGAACGGCAGACCGGGAGGUCACAGGUGGUGCGCAUUCUAGACCUGUGGACGACCAAGAACUCCCCUACUGGCCGACGGGACGUUCGGACCUGGGCUACAGAGUACAUGGAGAGAGUGGUCAGCCAGGAAGCCACGAAGGCGACUCUUGACGGUGUGCUCAUGACCAGGCGGCAGCCCAUUUCGGGCGAUUUCUUCCUCUCCCUCAGCCUGUCUUCCAUCCACGACAGAGUACGCACCUUAUGCCCAACAAUGGCCAGCAUCAUGUUCGCUUUCAGCACGACAACCCGUCAACUCAAAGACAACACUGUCGCGCAAACCAGCCGUGACAGAGCGCGACUGCGCGUUGGUUUCGCAAUGACAACCCUGUUAGGAGAGCGGAGUCAACAGAACAGUCUGAUGAGGAAUCUCAUCGGGCUGUACAUGUACAUGAACGGAGCAUCGUGCCAGCUGAUCGCCAUAAUGUCGAGCAUAGGGGUUUCCAGUAGUUAUACAGACCAAGGAGGCGCGAUCGAGGACGCGAUCGAGCGCCCGUCCACAGCGACCUCGCGCGCUUUGGACCUCCUCUCACGCGGCGCUGGUUUACUCCGCCGCAUCUCGGAGUCUUGUCGCCUCUCUGCUCGCGAUUGUGGCGAGACUACUGUCUUAGGUCACGUUUACGAUAAUAUCAAUAUGGUCUUCAAGGUUGCUGAGCAGAUCCUGGGUCGCAAAGACACGCAGGAGAAUGGGACAUGCGCUACAGUAUUUCCUCUCCAUGACGCCGCCCCCGACAACAUGAAGACCGCCGAUCUCCUCGCGACCUUCGAUGCAGCUGCGCCCUUGGCCAUGGGGGACAUCUAUCAUACCCCAGCUGAGGCCCAACUUUUUCGUAAAUCUCUCGAACACACAAUUCUACGUACCAUCAUCUCCAGCUCCGAUCUGUUUGCCCGCUUCCGCGCCGACGCCGAUGCCUGCCUACCAGCCACCGACGACCAGAUGUCCCUCCACAAAACGGAGACGUACCCUUUGCCCGCCAUGAACAUCGACGAAUCAAGUCCAACUGGAAACACCGAAGUUCUCGAUACGAUUUUCACAGAGCUCGAGUACGCACGUCGGCGGCCUAAUUUCCCUGCAUUCGCCGCACUCGUUUUUGGCGACCAACUCUCCAUCUCUCGCUCGCGUACAAUUAUAUCUAACCGCGCUGGACAUGAAGACAGUGCCCAGUCCUAUGCCAACAUCGUCUUUGGGCCAGGCUUCUUCCAUCACCAGAUGGCUGUCACCCACGGAAUCAUUGAGACGCACUUCGGCGACCCCACGGCAGGCCAUCGAAACCCUGCCUCUCUCUCCUUUUUCAACACAGUACUCGAUCGCAAGCCCAUCGUUCCCUCCUCCCUCCCACCCUAUCGCGUUUGUCGCAACCUUAUUUUUACGACUCUUUCGGCCGCCUCGCUGCAUUGCCUGGGGCUUGUCUGCGGCGCUGAGUCCUUAGAGAAGUAUACUGCUGAUCUCUCAUUCCGAACGCUUAGAAAAGAUAUCACAAAGAUCUAUGACAGGAGGAAGUUGGGGAGCCCCUUCGAUUCAUAUUCCCAGCCGUUGACGAGCGGCGAUAUGGUAUUUGAGAAUGCAUCUCUCUUCAUACGCGACGCCUUGGUAUUUCGCGAGUUUACAGACGCCAUCAAGGGGGGGUACUCAGGCCGCAUCGUUCGCGCACUGAAGAUACUCACGUUCAUGUACCGAGGCAGCGGUCGCCUCAAGUAUGCCCACGAAUGUCUCCACCUUAUCCACAACUUGACACGGGUCUGGCCUGGCCCUCUUCGAGCUAUCAUGAUCAAUAAUUGGCUUGUCAACCCGACUGGCAAGCCAAACGCCUGGGUACCUGUCGAUCUCCUUCAAGAGCACAUGAAUUUCUGGAUCAAGAUGGUCUCUCCAUGCAUCUCCGUGUUCAGGAAGCUUGCCCUCCAGAUGAAUGAGACCCUCGGCGCGAACCUGGGGACGAAGCACCAUUCACCGGAUCUUCAAAAGGACUUCGAGUCACUCUGCGACUUGAUGCGCGGGAAUGGUGUGUUCCGAGUGGAACCAGGGCGCGUACUCCGCGACAUGUCCAACACCGAAGUUCCCAACGUUGUCGCCAGCGGUCUCAAGCAGCUCUCCGGCCCUUUAUUCGAGUACAACAAGACAUUCGAACAACUGCAGCGCCGCCGUCGUGAGACUCCCCUUGUCAGCCCGCCCUCGAGUCCCCAUACCUCGCCCGCCUCCUCGCCAUCCACUGUUGACACCUUCCCCCUCUCUGGUGUGGUGCUCCCCAGUGCGCAGAUUGCGACUUUUGCUUCAGAUAGGGAUGACAUGCCACGCUCGCAAUCGAGGGGCGAAGAAGACGACGAUUAUUGGCGCCACUACGACGCCGAUGAAUACGAACCGCGCGCUGCUUUUGCGGAGGAGGAUGAGCCUUCAAUGGACUUGGAAGAUUGGUGA